CCAUCAUGUCGCUUCUCCGGCCCACCUUUGCGCGCACACCGCUCGCCGGGCUCUCCCGGUCGCUCCACAGCAGCGCUGUGCAGCGGCAGGCGCCCGCGCCGCAGGCGACGAUGCCGGUGUCGCAGGCGCUGGCGCGCACCGAGGUGCCGCGCACGUCUGCCGAGUGGGCCGCCGCCUACCCGCGGCACCCGCUGCUCGCCUUCUUCCACACCGCGCCCGUGCGCCUCGAGUCGUCGCACCCGCUGCAUCCGUCCAACGCCCCCGGCGCGCCGCGCAACGCCUCCAAGGCCGCGACGGACGUGCAGCUGCCCGCCGUGCUGAGCAAGGCGGACCUCGAGAAGGAGCGCGCCAGCCGUUCGUGGGCGACGCCCGAGCUGCGCACCAAGAGCUCGUUUGAGCUGCACCAGCUCUGGUACCUCUGCCUCGUCGAGCGCAACGUGCUGGCCACGAGCUUUGAGGAGCUGCGCUGGACGGGCGCGCGGGCGCUGGCGCGCAUGAACAACUCGAGCCUCGGCUUCCGGAAUCGCAAGGUAAGCCUGCUACCCAUCCGCCGGGCAUCGGACGCAGCAGACGCAGUGACUCCGCAUGUGCGAGCGUAUCGCUCGCCGCUGAUGCGCACGGUACUGAAGCGCCGUCUCGUCAUCUGCCACUUCGUGCCCUGUCCUGCCCCGGGCCCCUUCGCUGACCAUGCGUUGCCCGCUCUCGCUCACAGCUGCGCAAGACGAUGGCGCGCAUCAAGUUCGUGCUGAACGAGCGGCGCAUCGCGCUCGAGGAGGCGCGCUUCCGGGCGAUGCAGCGUGAGGAGGGCGU